AUGAGAAGUCUAAUCGUCGCCUUCGCUGUUUGUGCAUUAGUUUCAGCGCAAGACUUUGACUGUCCACAGAAGAGUGGUUUCUACCCAGACCCAUACCAAUGUGACCUUUAUUAUAAAUGCAGCAGAGGCACUGCGGAAACAAAACUAUGCCCAGAUGGCUUAGUCUUUGCUGAUGAGAACCCUAACAAAGAACUCUGCGACAUCCCCUCCAACGUUGACUGUGGUGACAGAAAAGAAUUACAGGAACCCAAACCCUCUAAGGGUUGUCCACGACAGAAUGGAUAUUUCAAGCAUCCUGAUCCUCAGGCAUGUGACAAGUUCUACUACUGUUCUGAUGGUAUUCCUAAUGAAUUGCCUUGCCCUCCCGGUCUAUACUUCGACGAAGAAUCCUCCAACUGCGACUGGAAGGAAGUGGUGCAUAGGAAAUGUGAUGCGAUUACUAAGGACACUUUAGACGACGGUUUCUUUUGCCCUGAUGGUGAAGUAAUGGGACCUAAUGGACGCCCUUUACCUCACCCGACCUUCCCUCAUCCCGAAGAUUGCCAGAAAUUCUACAUCUGCCGUAAUAGCCUCCAGCCUCAGAAGGGCAGCUGUCCUUCAGGCAAAGUAUACAAUGAAGACACGUUUAUGUGCGACGACCCAGAGAAAGUCCCCGGAUGUGAAAACUACUAUGAAGGUCAAUCCACAGAGAAAAGCAAGACACCGAAAAAAGCG